GGAGAUAUGCAAAGGCAAAGGGUUAAAGGUGCCGAGCCUUCAGACAGGAAACAGUUUCUUUUGCUGCUUCACAAGCUAAGAUAAGAGAGUAUACAUUUUCCACGACGCUUUAAAUUGAAUAUCUGCGUUGGAUAUAUCCAUCGCAAAUGGAAUACCGCAGCACAUUAGCCAGUCUAUCUCGCAUGCGAUGUACAAUCGUUCGCCUCAUCUUUCAGAGGUUCCAUGCGGAGAUUUUUGUGAUGAUACACUGAUCAUGGUCACCCUAUUGAAGUCAAAUCUCUCACGAAUAACCUGUGUUGCCCCAGUUUUUUUUUUUUUUAUAAUACGCCUUUAUGUGUGUCUGUUGAAUGCUACGCACCAUCACCUGUAGCCUCCGGAUUGGAUGUUGCGGCUUGGAAUAUCUAAUUAAAUAAAAACCAGGCAAAUCGUGUAUAUUGGUUUUGAUAGGGAAUUGGG